GCUAGAAAACGGUAACGGUGGCAGAAGACGCACCAGGAGAAACUGGGUUGUCCUCCGGGCCGGCAGUGGAACAUACGCAUCCGAUACGCGAACAACGCACACUCGGACACACAAACGAUAUUGAACCCGUUCGUUCUUGUCGUCUUCGUUGCCGUCGUUAUGGUUCGCUAAAAUAUUGCAAUUUAUCGGACAGUCGAAAACAGUUGUGACGAGACAAUAACAAUAAUAUUAAAAUAUUGUCAUUGGCGGCGAAAUACAUCAGUUCAGAGAAAUAUAGACGAGUGUCGCGUCAAAUGUUAUUUACACGACCAGUGACGAUCAUGACAAUUCGCUGUUCCGAUUGUGUCCGCGUGUAAGUGUCCAGUGUUCUGUAACAGGAUAACUACCACUUUGAUUUAGUUAUAAUUUUAAAGAAUUGAAAACUGCAGGCGUGAUUGUUACAAACAUUGCUGUGUACGCCCUGGAUCUCGGCUGUCCGUAGAUGAUCUAUUAAUCAGACGGCGUGGCCAAAGUGAUGAGCGUGGUGGACACGUCACCGGCGUGGUACACCUACUACCCACGACCAGCUACCCAGCCGCGUGAAGCCAGCAUGCGCGAGAAGCACUCGAGCCCUCGCAAAAUGGUCAUGCCUCCUUUGCCCUGCACGUCACCCAAACAGGCGUCCGUGUAUCCCACCAGUGGUCCGGCCGAUCACCCCGACAAUAUGCCGUUCGAUUUGUCCCGUAGCAGCAAUAACUCCAACAACAAUAGCAUAAGUGAUCGGCGUACGCCAUCACCGUCGCAUCGCAUGUCACCGGCUGCGUUCAAGCCGUACGAGAACAACAACGAUCAACCGUUGGACUUGAGAGUCGACCAUAAGAAAUCGCGUAAGGACGAGAUGGAAGACGAAAAUCAAAAUUUGAUCAUCAGAACUCCGUCGCCCGAAGACAUACAAGUGGACAGUCCGGGACCCCCACAACCGCCUCCAUCGCAGGUAUUUAACAGUCCAUGCUCUUCGGACAAGGACGACGAUCGGCGGGCAAUGGAUGAGGAAUGCACUAGACGGAUGGUUAACUAUCCGGUAUUGUUCCCGCCACAACCGCUGCACCCUAUGAUGUUAGAAGCUAUUUAUCGCGUAGGCGAUAAGUCACGGGUGCCCGGUUUGGGCGGAUACCAACCCGGCGGCGGUGGUGGCUACCAUAGGCCAUCGCACUAUCCAUUCAUCAACGCUUCAUUGCUCAACGGGCAUCAUCAUGUGCCACCGCCUACGUACGAUGUUGUCAGACCAACACCGGCACCCGUAACUAGAUCUCCGCAAAAAACGUUCCAGGAGUCUCCAGGCAAACCCAAAGACAGAUAUUCAUGCAAGUUCUGUCAAAAAGUGUUCCCUCGAAGUGCUAACUUGACCCGACAUUUGCGGACACACACAGGGGAACAACCAUACAAGUGCAACUAUUGCGAACGGUCAUUCAGCAUAUCGUCAAACUUGCAGCGACACGUCCGAAACAUCCACAAUAAAGAAAAACCGUUCAAGUGUCCAUUGUGCGAACGGUGUUUCGGCCAGCAGACCAAUUUGGACAGGCAUCUGAAGAAGCACGAAGCGGACGGGCCCACGAUCAUGGACGACAGGCUCGCGGCGGCUGCUGAACACCGGAGGUCCAGGCCUGGCGACGAUUCCUAUUUCGAGGAGAUCCGGUCGUUCAUGGGUAAAGUCAGCGAGGACGGGAGCCGGUUCGCAACGGCAGCCGCCGUCCUGGCCGCCCACAACCGGCACUCGCCUUAUCCUCAACAACUCGUUCGACCGCUGUGCAUGUACCGCCGCGGGUCUGCCGAAAACGAACGAUUCUCGUCGUCGUCGGCCGGUAGCGCCUCGUCGGAGUCGCCCAACAAGGACUUGGCCGCCUCGUUGGUCAACGAGAAAGAGACCAACAACAACACCUGACGCCGUGUUUUCGCUUUCAACGCGGAUCGGCCGGAACAACGCCUGAAACGGUAAAGGGCUGAAAACACAACCACGCCGAUCGCGUUUUUAUUUUUGGAUCGAUUAGAUCUUGAGAUUGCUGUAGAUCUCUCUCAGUGUUAACUCAUUUAUUAAUAAUAUGUUAUAAUGCCCACGAGAUCAUUAAUUCUUCUCCGUCUUUACCCGCCAAUACAGGUAAAAGUAUUCCUUGUUAAAUAUCGUCAAUUUAAUUGUCGUUUAUCAUUAAGAAGAUUUAUUCAUGUUUUGCACCGACAAACACGUCCACGUCCGUGUUAUGUUUAACAAAGAAACGAUAUUUUGAGCACUCGUUUUGUUUCACUCAAUAUUGUAUAAUAUUAUUAUUGACAAUUUGGCUCCCAGCUGACAUUUUCUGUAAGGUUUAUAAAUACUUGACACGAAAUAUUUUGGCGUCAAUUACAUUUUAAAUAUUCUACUUAACUAAAACGUAUUCAUUACCCAUAAUAAAUACUAUCUAUUUUUUAAUCGACCGUUCAAAUCACAUACUUUGUAGAUUUAUUAUUACUGUAUAGAAGUGUAAAUUUGGUUUUAAUCAUUUAAGAUUUAUAUAAUUUUUAGGGCGAAUCUAGUUAAUUGUAAUGUACAUAUACACAUUUACUCAACAAUAUUGAUCCAUGGCUUACUUGUUAGUUCUAGCGAUGUUUUUGCUUAUACGCUUUUGAAAUGUUAUUGUUAUGCCCUGACGACAUCUUCACGCAUUGUUCAUCAGUAAUGAUUAUCUAAAGAAAAAGGUUGUAAGGAGAAUGAUUGCGUGUGCAAAUGGUAAAUGAAUUGGUGUACGCAGUAACUAUAGAAAACAGUUUCUCUAUUUACCUGUAGUGCAUUUUGCAUUACCAUAAUAUUUAAAACGCGUUAAGACUCGAGCAGGAUGCUCUAGAUUCUGCGCAGAACAAAAACCGGUCGAUGAUAUCGUUACAUAUAAUAAUGUAUAAUGUUAAUGUUUUUUCACUUAUAUACAUAUGUUGUGUAUAUACUGCUAUAUACUUUUUUAACUUCCAGUUCGAUAAUAUACGGUUUUCUCGCAAACCGGUUCCUCGAUCGCGUUCUACGACCACAAAAAAAAUUGUAUAUAAAUCAAAUACAAAUAUCCAUUAUAAUUAUUACUGUAGCAUCUUUUAUUCUAAUGAUAUACGUGCUACCUAUAGGGCAUAUCAAUAAAGUUUAUUGUAAACAAAUUAAUGCACAUUUAGUUUGUUCGCAAGUAUAAAUCGUAUGGAAAUUUGUACCUACUUAUUCAUACAAAAAUGAUCGCAGAAGCCAAUAAGUAAACGCAUUUAAGUAAAUCGUAAACAAAAUAAUACUGAAAAGCUAGUAAAAAAAAAAAAAAAAGAA